UGCAACCUGAGCUGCUUGUAGGGCCCAGAAGUUGAUCGCUUAGAUCUCAGUAAAGCCACAUAUUGCUUCCUUCCAUAACUCAACUCUCCUUUUAGCUAGAGCUUUUUUAUUUCUUGCCGCCUAUGGAAAACUCUACUCUGAACCAAGAAAGAGAAAACCAAGAGCCAGAAGAAACAGAGACGCCAUGGGAAGGAGCGCCAGCAGCUUCUCCCCAGGAUCCUGGUCUCCCUGCUCCUGAGUGCGGGGAAGAGGAACAAAGAUCAGACAAUGAACCUCAUAGCAGAAUGAGUCCCUCUUGGGGCCGCCAGUCUAGAGCCAGCGUCUCUCUGGGAGACCUCACCGGACCAGGGGCGCCAUCCUCCCCUCCUCUGCUCCCUCCUGAAUUUCCUUCCACUCCUCCCCUGAUUGCAUUUCCGCAGGACCGUGUGGCUUCACCACCGGCAGAGAGGGUCCCUAGUGGGAUUCCUGAUGCUGCUGUGACAACUCAUUCUGAUCCCUGGGACCCAUCUGCUGCUGCUGCAAGACAAUUAACUUCUCACUACACGAGCCAAUCAGAGGAAAACGCCCUCCCCCGGUCUCAGCCACCCCAGGCUGACCUGCGUGGGCCAGAGAAUGCCAGUCGUGACAAGCCCAAGCCCAAAGGGCUGAGAUUCGACCUUUUACAGGAGGAAGACUCAGGCAGUAACUGUGAUCCAGACCAGCCUGAGUUUGGGGCCAAUGAAGCCACCCCCAGUAUGCUUGAGGUGGCCAUUCAGAAUGCAAAGGCAUACCUGCUGAGUACCAGCAGCCAGUCUGGUUUAAACCUAUAUGAUCAUCUUUCCAAUGUGUUGACCGUGAUAUUAGAUGAACGUCCUGCAGAUGCUGUUGACAUCAUUGAAAAUAUAAGCAAAGAUGUGAAAAUGGCAAAUUUUAAUAAAAAAUUAGAUACACUCCACAAUGAAAAUGAGAUGCUUCCAGCAUAUGAAAUAGCAGAGAAGCAAAAGGCUCUUUUUCUCCAGGGACAGUUGGAAGGCGCUGAUCCAGAACUGGAGGAGGAAAUUGUAGAAAGCUCUCUGCCCAAUGUGAUGGAAUCAGCUUAUUAUUUUGAACAAGCUGGAGUUGGUUUGGGGACAGAUGAGACUUAUCGGGUGUUUCUUGCCCUCAAACAACUCACGGACACCCACCCAAUCCAAAGAUGCCGCUUCUGGGGCAAGAUCCUGGGUCUGGAAAUGAACUAUAUUGUUGCUGAAGUGGAAUUUCGUGAUGGUGAGGAGGAGGAGGAGGAGGAGGAGGUGGAAGAGGAAGGGGUAGCAGAGGAGAGGGAGGAUGGAGAACGUGAAGCCAGUGAAGGUGAGGAGGAUGAAUUACCCAAGUCCUUGUAUAAGGCCCCACAGGCUAUACCUAAGGAAGAAGACAGAACAGGUACCAACAAGUAUGUCUAUUUUGUUUGCAAUGAACCUGGAAGGCCAUGGACGAAGUUACCAUCAGUUACACCUGCACAAAUUGUUACUGCAAGAAAAAUCAAGAAAUUUUUCACUGGGCGACUAGAUGCGGCCAUCAUAAGCUACCCACCCUUCCCAGGAAAUGAAAGCAAUUACUUAAGAGCACAAAUUGCCCGCAUUUCAGCAGGGACCCACGUCAGUCCUCUAGGGUUUUAUCAGUUUGGUGAAGAGGAAGGAGAAGAAGAAGAAGAAGAGGUGGAAGGUGGUCGAAACAGCUAUGAGGAAAACCCCGAUUUUGAAGGCAUCCAAGUGACUGACCUGGUGGAAUCUCUAUCCAAUUGGGUCCAUCACGUACAGUACAUUCUUCCUCAGGGUCGCUGUACUUGGUUCAACCCUAUACAAAAAAACGAGGAGGAGGAAGAGGAAGAAGAUGAAGACAAAGAAGAAAAGGGAGAAGAGCCUGACUACAUAGAACAGGAAGUGGGGCCUCCUCUUUUGACACCGAUCUCUGAAGAUUUAGAUAUUCAAAAUAUACCCUCUUGGACAACACGACUGUCCUCAGUUCUCAUUCCACAGUAUGCUAUUGCUGUCCUUCGAUCUAAUCUUUGGCCUGGAGCAUAUGCCUUUUCCAAUGGCAAGAAGUUUGAAAAUUUCUACAUAGGUUGGGGUCAUAAGUAUAGUGUGGAGAAUUACACACCCCCAGGCCUGCCACCAGUCUAUCAAGAAUAUCCCAGUGGACCAGAAAUUACAGAAAUGGAUGAUCCCAGUGUGGAUGAGGAACAGGCUUUCAGGACUACACAAGAGGCUAGUGUACUUUCAGCUGAGGAGAAUGAAGAAACUGAAGAUGAAGAUGAAGAUGAAGACAAUGAUGACUAACACAAAAGUAGCCCAGUCUUAUGGGGCACGAACACACACAAAUCUUUUAUGGGGGACUGAUUUUAUAUAUACACACAUAUAUACUGGAAACAUAUAUAUACAUGUUGGAAAUGAUGGUGCAAAAUAUCAGUCCUUUAAAGUUAUCAAAUGAGGACGGUGUGGAGAAAUGGCUCAGUGGUUAAGAAAAACUUUGCUCUUGAUGAGGACAGGAGUUCAGUUCCCAGCACUUAAAUUAGGUGCUCGAGUCUAGGAAAUCCAAUGUCCUCUUGUACUCUCCAAAGGCACUACACAUAUGCAUGCAUGCAUGAUCACACACAUAAAAAUAAGUCUUUAAAAAUAUGUUAAAAGCUACUAGUGGUGAAACACACCUUUAAUCCCAGCACUUGGAAGGCAAAGUACGGAAGAUCUCUUUGAAUCCAAGGCCAACCUGGUCUAUUGAGUUCCAGGACAGCAAGGGCUACAUAGGAAGACCAUGUCUUGAAAAAUCACAAACCUUUUAAAAAUGUCAAAUUGGAGACUUCAUAUAUAGAACUGCUGGUAGUUACAAAAGUUGCCCACUGGAUGUCCCAAAAAUUCAUGUGAUCACAUCACCACUGUAAAAAUACCUACAAUUAAGGUAAUUAACACUUAAGUAAUCCUGAUUUGAAAAGAGAUCAGUAAUUUUUUUCCUCUCUUUGACAGGAUUUCACUAUGUAGCUCUUGCUGUCCUGGAGCUCACUAUUGUAGGCCAGGCUGUUCUCGGACUCACAGAAAUCUACUUGCCCCUGCCUCCCAAGUGCUGGGGUUACAGGUGUGAACCACAAUGCUCAAAUUUAAUUUCUAAUAUGUCAAGUAUUAAAAGUUAUAGUUCACGAUGCUUCUUGGAAAUGUCUAGAUUUUGAGUGCCAAGGGAUAUGGAGCUUAAAACAUUGAUAACCAGGGGCUGGAGAGAUGGCUCAGUGGUUAAGAGCACCUGUUGCUGUUGCAGAGGAUCUGGGUUCAGUUCCCAGCAUCCACAUGGUAGCUUAAAACCAUCAGUUCCAAUGCCUUCUUCUGACCUCCAUGGGUACCACACACUCGCAGGCGUGUGCACGUGCGUGUGCGCACACACAACCCCCCCACACACACACAGAGAAUGUGUAUGCAAAUAUGUAUGCAUGUGUAUCCAUUCUUUUUCCUGGAGGAACACUCACAAAUCCAAAAUGGAAUAAAAGUUGUAAGGGUAUUCAAAGUUUAGAGUUUCUGUUUUCCACAACCUUUCCAUUAAACUUCCUGCUCACCUAAACUAGUUGGUGGAAAAAUAAUUACACAGAGACGGGACAGACUGACAUUCUCUACCACUCUAAAACAUUCUCAUUAAAGUCAUUUUAAAUUUUA